GAAAAUCCCAAACAUCCGAGAGAAGAAGAGCUUAUUAAACAAAAGGUUUAAGCUGGUGAAAUCAGAGUCUUGGUAAUGCUGGAAAGUGUGAUAAUUAACCGUCGACGCCAUGUUGGACUCCAGAAAGUCUCAGCUCUUGCAGGAACGGUGCGGUCCUCCAUCGGCCCCAAUAAAAACUACAAGUUCAUCCAAGACGAAACGAGCGGGGAGGCGGUUCUUGUGGGCUCCUGCUUUCGAAUCAUUGACAACCUGGAGCUUACUUGUGCUGUUGGUCAACUUGUUCAUGAGACCAUCCGUGCCCAUCAUAAGGAGUACCGGACAGGGACGGGAUGCCUGCUGUUCCUUGCAGGAGCGUGGAGCCGUGUGGCGUUGGACUGCCUCCAUAGAGGGAUUUCCGUUAAAUACAUAAUCACAUGUAUGUCUGAGGGGAUUGAUAUUUGCUUGGAUGUAUGCAAGAAAUCUUCAGUUUCCAUCAAGGACCUUUCUGUAAUCCAGAAAUGUACUCAAGAUUUAGGACUGCAGCUGUCAGAAAAACCCAUCAAGCCGAACCAAGAGACACCGAAUGUCCGUGAGAAGUGUUUAACCAUGAGUGCCCAAAGAAAACUUAAGCUCAGCAGACAUUUUUGUGAGACAAAGUCUGAAAUGAGCUCCACGGUUUUGCAGCCUGAUGCGCCCGACCUCCCAGACGUAGCCGUCAUGGCGGAGUCUUUAAGCCAUGGUUGUGAGAAUGCUAUGAGGUUAGCGGUUCAAGCUGCUGAGAUGCUGUUAAAAAUGAACCGACAGCGCGUCAGCGAUCGCUUGUUUGACAUUUCCAAAGUGAUGACUUGUGUUCUGCCUGCUUUGCCAGAGGACUGCUCGUGUGUUGUUGAAGGCUGUGUCGUUCUUUUAUCUGACGAACAGGCUGCGGUUUCUCAUGCUCUGAAACAACGACCCUUGAAGGUGGCUCUUGUUACUGGAGAUCUAUCACAGACUUACCGCCAUCCAGGCUUUAAAGGCCUGCCAGGUACACGUGUGCAUGGGCACUUGGAUUUAUCAGCAUCAAGCAAAGAGGAUGAAUGGUUGGAAAAGGUUUUAAAAUUGCUCUUGAGCCUGGAAGUGGACCUGGUACUAACCGCUGGCCUCGCCAGUCCAAAGGUCAUCCAGCUCUGCUGCAGGCACCAUAUACUUGUGGUGGAAAAAAUCAACUCUUCAGUUUUUACGGCUGUGGCCAGUUCAACUGGAGCCGUCCCAGUAAGCUAUGCCACGCAGUUAACGGAGCAUUGUGUCGGCCAUGGCGUGAAGAUCGAGAUUUGGAGGGACCUCGGCAGCUAUGAGAGGAAAUCUUUACUGGCUGUGAACAUUUCCACGGGCGGGGAAGGCGGACUGGUCACGGCAGUUGUAACAAGCUGCAUUAAUGGAAAGCUUCAGGCACUGGAAGACCAGUUCUGGGCCUGCGCUUACCGUUUACACCAUGCACUGAAAGACGGAGCCCUGCUGCCUGGUGCUGGAGGGACCGAGCUGCUUUGUGUUCAUAAGUUACUAGAACAAGCAGAGCACCGCAGCAAAACUGGGUCAGAAGCAAGUUUCUACAGAGGUCUCGUGUUCCAGCUCAUGGCAGAUGGUUUAAUAAAUUACAUAACUGCCAUAACCAAAGGAACCCAAGCUAGGACUAUUGUCAGAAAGCAGCUGCAGGAUUUUCAUAGAGACGAAAUAAUCGCAGGAAAGUUUUUGCAGCUUGUUUUGGAGAGUGAAAGAGAAGAUGCAGUUUUCUCAGCAGUGAAACCAGAUAAAGCACCGGCUGUGAAAGUCUAUGAUAACUUGAGCUCGAAGCAGGAAGCUUGGAGGAAAGCUUUAGACCUUGUUUUUCUAGUUCUGCAGAGUGAUGCAGAGAUCAUCACAGGAGUUGUACAAAAAACCAAGGAGAAUCUGAUGCAGUUAUGAUUGUUUCAUAGGAACACUACGAUUGUGAUUUAUCUUUCACCUGCAGAAGUUUUGCAAUCUUUUUACAAAAGGUUUUUUUUUUAUACGGUACAUUAUUAGAUGUCAUCUUUCAAAUUAUUUAAGGGGUAAACUACCCACUCUUUACCACUAGGGGGAGACAUAUUCAUUGUGAAUAAAUCCCUAAGAAUCAUUUUAAAAUGUUUUAGUUGUGUUUUUUACUUUUGAUUACUAUUAUUUUUUAUUUCUCUUACAGUCCGUUUAAGACGGUUCUAUCUUUGCUCCUUAAAAUUGAGAUCAGUUCUUUAUCACUUCUUCGCCACUAAAACACUGAUUUUAGAAGAUUAUUAGGUAAAGCAAUGACUUAUUCCAUUUGUACAACCUUAAAAGACACCAAAUAAAAAUUUGAAACC